UUAUGCCCUUACCUUGGGGAACCAGAGCUGCUCUAUUAACCACUCAUUUAUUCGUCAGCCGCGGACGCAAUUAAAGUAAACGAAUAGCACCUGUGUGACCUAUAGUCCCAAACGCCCAAAGAGAAAUGGCAGUUGUCGCUAUUUUCAAAUUAGUAAUCUAGCAUAACUCAAUUUAGGCCUACUUGUAAUCCAAACAAUUGAUAAUCAGAUAUUGGGAUCUAGGGCUCAGUUGUUCAUCAAAGGUGAUCGAACGAUCUGGGGAUCAAAAACACAAGACGAACAUGAGCACAACGGUAGAUCUACAGUCUGUGUCUACCCAAAACAAUAACAAGACUAAUGACACAACGGAUCCUGAGGACCAAUCAGCCACCCAACCCAUAAUCCUUCAAUUCCUUCAAGAGGCCUCCAAACUCGCUGCCCCAAGCCACAGAAAUCUAGGUGGCUCAACCUUUGGCCCGGUUACCAGCGACCGAAAGGAUGCUCACCCUUCCAAUAAUUGUUUGGACGCAUAUCCUCAACACAGCUGGGCCCAAACGUUUUCCUAUGAUGGGGAAGAGAACAGUGGCAUGUAUAUGAUUACAACUCACAUUGGGCCCGACCUGCAGGGCAGCAACCCCUGGGAGGUGAUGAGCCUGAUCAAUCUGCAGUGUGAGAAGCUUCUACACCACAGAGGGCAAGGAGAAUCAGACUGCACUUCGACCUCUUUCUCUUCCACUUAUUCGAAUUCCAUAGCUUACCCAUCUCCCUCGGAGUCUGACGAAUCGUUGCGAGGGCAGGGGAUUCUGGAAUGUUCCUCUCGUGCUGAUGUUCAACAUGAGGACCUUCUGUUUUUCACCAGCAGAGGAGGCGAGAGCUCUUGUGACACCCCCCCUAUGGACUGUGACCUGGGUGAAAGUUCCAGCGAGAGCCUCAAUAAAUGUCCACUGCAGCAGUGUACGGCAAACGCAAACACGAGCAUCCUCACUGAAACUCAGCCCUAUGACGGCAGGCCGCUUCCUGUGGAUGAAAACAAUAGCUUGCAUCCCCAGCCUGCCCACAAAGCUUCAAUGGAGGUCAAGUUGAGUGUCGCCACAGGGUCAGAAGGGGAUAUGUCAGGGUCCGAGGAGAGGUCUGCUGAGUUGGGUCCCCGAAGCGGGACCUCUGAGGCUUGGCCACAAACGCAUCUCUCGCUAACAACUGAUGAUGCUUGCGGAUAUAUGGCCGAACAGCCAGCCUAUGAAUCAGACAAGGUGGUUUGUUUAGGACACAAAUAUUUCAAUGCAGUGGAUCUAUUGACCACUGACACCACUGUAGCCCUCGACGUCAAGUCCAACCUUCUUUUAACCUUUGACCCUCUGGAUAAUGCCGGCACAUGCACUUCGAUGCCCAAACCCCCUGUAUGGGCCGUUUUAAGAAAUGAAGAACUGUCCCAGAACAAAAGCCAAACAAUCGGCAAAACCCCGGUGACAGAAUGUAUAAAAUACCAUCUGGAUCAAAAUGCAAAGCAGCCCUCGAUUACCCAGCAGUCGUAUUUUACCUGGACGAGAGACUCUGAAUCUACAGACCCUCAACAAUGUAUAACUUCAUCUAAAGCAGCGGAGGACUUCCGUACCCCUGCAGGCUCCCAAAAGUGUACCAGCAUGGCGUCCGUAUGCAGGGCUAAUACACGCAGGAAACAGCCCCACCCCAACCGGAGCGCCGACGCCACAGACCCCGACUUCCAGGGUGUGAUGUUCCGCAUGCAGGGCGAGCUCGACCACAGUAGGGGGCAGUGUCGACUACUGGUCUUCUCCAAGUACAGGAUUUCCUCAUCACACAGAAGAAAACCAAGGCGGCGGACUCGGCCGUCCCUGAGCUCCCUCCGGACCAGCAGCUCAGAGGAGGACCUGGACCUGUCAACCAGCAGUUCCAAGAGCAAGGAGUGUGCGUCCUGCUGUACCAAGAAGACCCCAAUGUGGAGGGACGCGGAGGACGGGACUCCGCUCUGCAACGCCUGUGGCAUAAGGUAUAAGAAGUACAGAGUGCGAUGCGUCAACUGCUGGCACAUUCCUAGAAAAGAGGGCAACACCCACUCACGCUGCCUCAAGUGUGGAAACUCUGUACUGCAAACCUCAGCUCUGCAUAAACACCAUGCCUGCUAGGGCAUACACUGGGAAGUGGGCAAACAGGUGACACACACACACACACACACACACACACACACACUCACACUCACACACACUAUGUUUAUAUACAAUUAAAAUGCCUGGCUACAAAUAGUUAGAAUGGGAUGAGCGGUACAUCCUGCACACUUAAAGGCUUACUACUGGGAAGGAUUUAAUUGUAGGGAAUUGUAACCAUUUGCCUUUUAGACACACAAUAACAACGAUCCGGUACGAAUGGUUAUGUGUGUAUCGCAUCUAUUCAGAUCAGUUCAUCUUUUUUUCAUGCACAUGGUAUAAAGAGUUUCAUACAACUGUUUACCCCUUUAUGAACAUUUGUUUACAAAACAAGACCUCAAUUUAAUGUACAUGCUUGUCUACUGUAUUUUCAAUACAUGAUUGGUCUUAUAUGUGCAAACUAAUUGCUUUCAAUGGUACACAUUGUUGUUGUUGUUGCUGUUUUGAAAUAAUAUUUAUUUGUUGUUCUGUUUUUUUAUAUAAGUUUUUAUAUAUUAUUCUUUGGCUAAGAGGUGCACUUUUCUUGCUUAAUUCUAAACUAUUUAAAAAAGUUCUGCAAAAGUGUGCAUUAAAAUCUGUGAUGAAAAAGGCUGCUUCUACCUUCUCAAUUGUUUGGAAUAUUAUAAAAAAAUCGUGUUUUGUCAGCGAUAUGAGCUGCUUCUUCGGAUGAAAAGUUUCCCCCUAAAGUUGCAUUGUAAACGUCUUUAUUGUAAACGGGAGAAUUAUCCUCUUGAAUAAAGCCUUCUCCAGAGACACUGCACCCGUAGCCCGUGUGCUCCCCGACAAUAAUACGCAGAGCUCCAAUGAAAAAUAUGCAUUUUAACAGAAUUGCGUGAAAUAAAAUGUGUGGCAGUAUCCUUUGCUGUGUAAGGCAUAAGAGGAUAUAAUGUUUUGUUGGCUGUAUUUUAGGAGGACUUUAUUUAAACAGUGGGGCAGGUUUUUACCAGUUGUAUUUGUUUGAGAGUCACAGACCACCCAGUAAACGAGAGCCAUAAUGGACCAAUGAGCAGAGCCCAGCCGCCUCCAUAAGGGCACACUUAAUGGAUAUUUUCCUAUUGGCUUUGUAAUUGAAUUAAUGUCAAUAAAAAUGAAAGAUUACGAUCUCCAUAGCUUUUAAAGGGUCCGAUUUAA